GUGGACGUGUCCAGAUCCUGCAUCACUUCCUGCAGCUCCGCGUCGGCUUGCUUCAACAAUAAUAAUAAUAAUAAUAAGUUAUUUUACAGGAUUUUAUCUGAGACAUGACUAGCUCAGGUGUGGACACGGAGACACUCUGUCUGUUUGAUGUGGACGGAACUUUAACAGCAGCUCGGCAGAGAGCCACUCCACACAUGCAGGAGUUCCUGAGCAAGCUGCGACAGUGGGUCCGAGUCGGAGUCGUCGGAGGUUCUGAUCUGGAUAAGAUCAAAGAGCAGCUGGGUGAAGAUGUAAUCCAGCGAGUGGAUUAUGUUUUCGCUGAGAACGGUUUGGUGGCCUACAGAUUCGGGCAGCUCCAUUCUGUACAGAGCAUCCAGGCGUAUCUCGGGGAGGAGGUGUUACAGGAUUUCAUCAACUUCUGUUUAGACUACAUGGCCAAGAUCAAACUGCCCAAGAAAAGAGGAACGUUCAUCGAGUUCAGGAACGGGAUGCUGAACGUCUCUCCUAUCGGCCGGAGCUGCAGUCAGCAGGAGAGAAUCGAGUUCUACGAGCUGGACAAGAAAGAAAAGAUCCGAGAGAAAUUUGUAGCUGUUCUGAAAGAAGAGUUCAGGGGGAGAGGACUGGCUUUCUCCAUCGGAGGACAGAUCAGCUUCGAUGUGUUUCCAGAAGGUUGGGAUAAGCGUUACUGUUUGGGAAUCGUAGAGAAGGACGUGUACCAGACCAUCCACUUCUUUGGUGAUAAAACCAAACCGGGAGGAAACGAUUACGAGAUCUACACCGACCCGCGAACCGUCGGCCACGAGGUCACGUCCCCCGACGACACACAGCGGAUUUGUGAGGAACUCUUCUUCAGCUGAGUUCUCGCCGGGUUCUCCUGCGCUGACGCUCCAAGACUUUACUAAACGUCACCUUACUGGAAACGUAGGGACUCUCUGGUGCUGGUGUUUAAUUAAUCCUCAGUCAAGUUUCGGUCUCGCUCCUGAACACAGGAGGCGUGGCUUUCAGGAGGGUGUGUUACUGUAAUAAUCCACAUCAUCGCUGUCUGACUUCCUGUUAAAUCCGUCGUAUCACAUCAUGUCUUCUUUUCUUUCCACGCACACGGAGAGGAACGGAGUCUGGGGUCGAGUGAUUUUACAGUAAAUUGAUGAAACGAUGAGAUCUGUAUCGAACUGGAAGUUAAGACGGUUCUUUUUUAAUUCUUUUUUAAUUUUUUCCUCACAAUUAAAUCUUCAGGUGAUAAAACUC